AUGCGCUCGAAAAUAUUUGAUGAUGCCGAAAUCGAACGACUACGACGUGAGGCUAUUCCAUCGUCGAAUGAAUCGGCUAUGGCUGGAGAUGCAGCUCCACACGCGACAGACCAGCAUCCACACGUGGAAGCCGCCAUGGAUCUUCCAGUUGCGGUUGAUUCGAACGAAGAUGAAAUAGUCUCCCACGAAUUAGAGCAAAUGAGGAGUUUAUUGAAAGAGGCGAUUUUGGAAACACGCAGCACCCCUCUCGAAAAUCGACCGCGACUUCCCCGCAUACCCAUAAGCAAGCGAAAUCGAGCUGUCGUGAGGGCUCUUAACCCAAGGCUGGUGACAUAUUUGGAAGCCAGCCGGGACCUUUGCAAGACGGACUCAAUUCUUUUUGGCGCCGCAGUGGCAGUUUGCCGUAUUAUUGGCGCCAAACUUCCCAUAGCUGGACGCGCUACUACACAAAGUAGCGCCAUCCCAGCCUGGAGAAAAAGAAUCGAGGACCGUAUCGCAAAGGCAAGGGCCCUUAUCGGCAGACUGACAAGCUUCAGGUCGGGUAAUAUUAGACCGAGGAUUGUGCGAACCGUUAGGAUGGCGUUUGCUGGGACAAAUAUCAGUUUAUCCCAGCCGGAUACCACGCAGAAACUAACGGAGCGCAUAGACGACCUGAAGCAAAAGAUCGCUGCUUGGAGGAAGCGGAUUCGACGAUUUACCGAGAGGUCAAGGCGGUUCAACCAGAAUUGUCUCUUCCAGAGUGAUCAGAAGAGGCUCUAUAAAUCAUUGGAGCGACCAAAGGUAUGA